AUGGAACACUUCUACUAUGUGAAGGAUAAGCUCAAGAAGACCACAGGAAAUAAGUUAGAGAUGGCGAACCUACUUCGAAGAUGUUGUCUACUACCAGCAGUAGCCCCACCAGCUGACCUUGUGAAAGGACAAGUGCCACUCAUAACAGCAGAGGAAGUAUGGCUUGCAAUAACAAAGACAAAGAACGGUAAGGCUUUUGGUCCAGAUGACAUACCAAGCGAAUUCCGGAAAGAAUGCGUAUGGUCGGUGCUUCAUGGCUUGCAGCCUCUUCAAUCAGGUCAUCAAAAUUAA